GGAAACAUAUAUCAAGUGCAAAAGGAGAACAAUGUGACUGAUAAAACAACUAAAGUAUCGUGUCUGCUGUGUGAGGAGGGUCACAUAUUGGAGUUGUGCCCCAGAAUGGAGAAGAAGCUGCACAGAGAGAAAAUUGACUUUCUAAAAGCCAAAGGUGUUUGUUUUGGGUGUUUGACUGUUGGACAUAUGAGCAAAGAUUGUCAUAGACGUCUGUCUUGCAAGUUGUGUAACCUGAAACAUCCUACCUGCCUCCACAUCCAUUCAAGAGAAAGGGAAAUCAAAUCAGAGGACACAUAUCAAGAAACAAGUCAUGCAGUUUCUCCUAAGACUUGUGGCCAUAUAGGGGCCGGGGCGCAAGACCAUGUUUUGCCAAUUGUGCCUGUACAAAUCAAGGCUGUAAAAGGCAGUAAGAUGUUAAAAACUUAUGCAUUUUUAGAUCCCGGCAGUACAGCAACUUUCUGCUCUGAACGACUCAUGAGGGAACUAAAGGUGAGAGGAAAGAACGCCAAGAUCCUGUUGAGAACCAUGAGCCAAGAAAAGAUUGUCGACAGUCAUGUUAUCUCAGGACUGGAGGUAUCUGCACUUAAUAGUAACACUUUCUUUGAAUUACCUGAUGUAUUCACACAAUAUGAGAUGCCUGUGACUCAUGAUAACAUUCCACGACAAGAAGAAUUAAGUGUCUGGCCACAUUUACACUCAGUGGAAAUUCCUGUCAUCAACGCUGAUGUGGAACUGUUGAUUGGAAGUAACGUUGCAAGAGUAAUGGAACCAUGGGAAGUGGUAAACAGCAAGGAUGGAGGACCCUAUGCUGUCAAAACCCUAUUGGGAUGGGUUAUCAAUGGACCACUGAGAGGAGGCAACGAAACUGGGAGCAGCGAUUCUAUCAUUUCAGUCAACCGAAUAUCUAUUGCUAACAUAGAGGAAUUGUUGGUGAAGCAAUACAAUCAUGACUUUAAUGAGAAGUCAGCAGAGGACAAGCCAGAAAUGUCCAGAGAAGAUCUCAAGUUUAUGGAAAUCAUGAACAGUUCAGCUGAACUCAGCAACGGUCAUUACUGCAUGAGAUUACCUUUCAGAGAGGAAAAUGUCACCAUGCUUAACAACCGUCAGGUUGCUGAACAAAGAGCUCUUUGUUUAAAAAGGAAGUUUAUGAAAAAUGCUACCUUUAAAGAGGAAUACACUCACUUUCUCAGUGAUGUCAUAAAUAAAGGAUAUGCAGAAAAGGUGCCAGAACAUCAACUGAAAGGAAAAGAAGGUAAAGUCUGGUACAUUCCGCAUCAUGGCGUAUACCAUCCAAAAAAGGGAACAUUGAGGGUGGUGUUUGACUGCGGUGCAAGCUUCAAGGGGAUGUCACUCAAUGGUCAUCUACUUCAGGGACCUGAUUUGACGAAUUCAUUACUUGGAGUUCUGACAAGGUUUCGUCAAGAAGUUGUAGCAGUGAUGGCUGAUAUUCAGGCGAUGUAUCAUCAAGUUAAAGUGACAACACAGGAUGUAGAUUUUCUUCGCUUCCUGUGGUGGCCAAGUGGUGAACUAACACAGCAUCUCACUGAAUACAGAAUGACUGUUCAUCUAUUUGGUGCAAUAUCAUCACCCAGCUGUGCUAGUUUCGCCCUAAGAAAAACUGCUGAGGACAACAGGGCAAAGUUUCCAGUACACGUGACGGACACAAUCAAGCACAAUUUCUACGUGGAUGACUGCUUGAAGUCCCUGCCUUCAGAAGCAGAGGCCGUGGCCCUGGUGAGACACCUGACAACUGUAUGCCAGCUGGGUGGUUUUCAGCUGGUGAAAUGGAUUAGCAACAGUAGGUCAGUGUUGGAAUCUAUUGAUGUAGAAAAAAGAGCUAAGGAAGUGAAACAAUUGGAUCUCGACAGAGACAAUCUCCCUGUCGAGAGAACACUUGGACUGCAAUGGUGUGCAGAAACUGACACUUUCAGGUUCAAAAUGGCAGUUCAGGAAAGACCACUGACAAGACGAGGUAUCUUGUCUGUAAUAAGCUCAGUAUACGAUCCCAUAGGAUUUUUAGCUCCCUUUACCUUACCUGCCAAGUUGUUGUUGCAACAUCUUUGUAGGUUGAGCUGUGGUUGGGAUGAUCACAUUUCCCCAAACUACCAACUACAAUGGGUGAGGUGGCUAGAAGAUCUAAGAAAGCUCAGCACAUUUAGCGUACCAAGAUGCAUCAAGCCCAAAGAUUUUGGACAGCUCACAAAUGCCCAACUACAUCACUUCUCCGAUGCCAGCGAGGAUGGUUAUGGUACAGUAUCGUACCUGAGGCUGCAGAAUGACAAGAAGAAAAUUCAUCUUCCAUUCAUUCUAGGAAAAGCAAGAGUUGCGCCAUUAAAGAAAGUGACAAUCCCAAGGAUGGAACUAACCGCUGCUGUGCUUGCAGUUCGAAUUGAUAGGUUGUUGAAAGCAGAACUACAGCUAGAGUUGGAAAAUUCAACCUUUUGGAGUGACAGCACAACUGUGUUAAAGUACAUUGGGAAUGAAACAAAGCGUUUUCACACCUUUGUGGCCAAUAGGAUCUCCACAAUAAGAGAAGCUACUGCUGUCUCACAAUGGAGGUAUGUCGAUACAAAGCAGAAUCCUGCUGAUGAGGCUUCACGUGGGGUGAAAAUUGAGUACCUUCUCACAAGCAGCAGAUGGAUCCACGGCCCAGAUUUUCUUCUUAAGAGUGAAGGGGAAUGGCCUGUUAACAUUGUAGAUUCUGUUUCUAUCAGCAGUACUGACCCAGAGGUCAAAGGAGAGGCUACAGUAAAUGCUGUAGUCAUUAAAGAUGUCCUAAAUGUAACAAACACUGUCAACACAGGUACACAGAAUGCAACAAACCAGUUGAUAACUUACUUCUCUUCAUGGAAAAGGUUAAAAACCUCAGUUGCUUGCUUUCUACAGGUGAGAAAGAUGUUGCUGCUGUUGAGUCAGAAGAGAAAAGAAAUACAAGCUUCUGUGUUUAGCAGUGGACUUGACAUAAGUCAACUAAAGGGCAAAGUGGAAAAGGAGAUGCAAAGAUUCAGAACCAAACUGACUGGUCAAACCAUGUCCCCAGAAGAUCUUGAAACCGCUGAAAUGGCUAUCAUCCAAUACUGUCAACUAGACAAGUUCAAUGAUGAAAUAACUGUUUUGAAAGGGGGAACAUCUGGAGUGAAGAAAAGCAGCCAUAUUUAUAAACUUGAUCCAGUGUUUGAAAAGGGGCUUUUGAGAGUGGGUGGAAGGCUCAGUAAAGCAGCAAUGCCUGAGGGCAUGAAACAUCCAGUCAUUUUGGCUAAAGACCAACAUAUCUCCACUCUCAUCCUUCGCCACAUUCAUGAGCAGUUAGGACAUUGUGGAAGAAAUCACCUUCUUUCUAGACUUCGUCAGCGGUAUUGGAUCACCAGCGCAAAUGCUGCUGCUAGAAAGAUUCUUUCAUCCUGCGUCAUUUGCAGACGUUUUAGAGGAAAGCUGGGUGAACAAAAGAUGGCAGAUCUGCCAACAGACAGACUUCAACCUGACCUCCCACCAUUCACAAAUGUGGGUGUUGACUACUUCGGGCCUUUCGAAGUGAAGAGAGGCCGCAGCUUCAUAAAACGCUAUGGUGUUAUCUUCACCUGCAUGGCCAGCAGGGCAGUGCAUUUGGAAAUGGCAUAUUCUUUAGAUACCAGUUCUUGUAUUAAUGCACUGCGCAGAUUUAUAUCCAGAAGAGGUCAGGUAUCUCACAUCAGAUCAGACAACGGGACUAACUUCGUAGGAACAGAACGUGAGCUGAGAGAGGCUCUGUCUGCUCUUAAUCAUCAAAAAAUUCAAAAUGCAUUACUUCAGUCAGAAGUGAAAUGGAGCUUCAAUACUCCUGCUGCAUCACAUCAUGGCGGAACAUGGGAAAGACUCAUUCGCAUGGUCAGACAGGUGCUGAACUCAGUCCUUCAUCAGCAAAGUGUGGAUGAUGAGGGGUUACAAACUCUUCUGUGUGAGGUGGAAGCCAUAUUAAAUGACCGUCCCAUCACCAAACUAUCAGAUGAUCCUAACGACCUGGAACCCUUGACCCCAAAUCAUAUCCUUCUGUUGAAAGGCAAACCUGCACUUCCACCUGGGCUUUUCGAAAAGAGUGAUUUGUACACGAAACGACGGUGGAAGCAAGUUCAGUUCUUAUCGGAUCUCUUCUGGCACAGAUGGGUUCGGGAGUACUUACCUCUGUUACAGGAACGACAACGGUGGUCCAAGGACAGGAGAAGCUUUGUCAUUGGAGACAUAGUCAUUGUGGCAGACUCUACUGCCCCUCGCGGAUCCUGGUUGUUAGGGAAAGUACUACAGACAUUUCCUGACUCACAAGGACUUGUGCGGUCUGUUAAAGUACAGACCAAAUGUAACAUUCUGGAGAGACCAGUUACAAAGAUUUGUCUUCUGCGGGAAGCUGGAUAG